AUGGUUACAGCAGUUCCAGUGAGCCCGGCCGUGGCUUCUUCACAAGGGGUGUCGGGGAGCCCUGCCGGCUCAGCAGCUGCAGCAGGUUCUACCAGCUCAGUCCUUCAGUCCCCUGAUGCCUUUUACAGCAAGAUUGUUGGUGGCGAGAGUGAUUGGCCCGCUUUGGACGCCAGGGCAGUUUUGAUCAGGGAUUUCGCCUGGAACGAAGCACUGAAGGAUCACCGAGUGUCUAAAAUUGUUUUGCCUUGGGAAAGGGGUCCCUUUGCUUUAGUCUUUGGGAAGCAGCGCCAGAGUCUCCGUGUGCCUAUGCCUUACGAUCGGGAGCCGCCUCAGUCCACCUGCGUGCGUUAUUCUGUGCCGGUUCCUAAGCAGGCUCCAGACUUUGCAAAGAAGCGACUCCAAAUCGUCGCUCUUUUGAAGACGGACGACUCAGCAAGGUGGGAGGCGUUGAGGAAGUUCAGGGUGUUAGUGAUGUUGGAGCCCGAUGUUACCGAGCUGGGUUGCAUCCUGCUAGGCGAAGCCUCUCUUUUGAGAGAGGAUCAGCAAAUUGCCAGAAGCUUUGGGGAUGUCUUUGCUUCCAAGGCCACUUCGACGCUAGUUAAGAGAGCUUCCUCGUUGUGGGUUUUUGCCAAGUGGUGCCUUGAUUCUGGUUUUGGAAACCCCUUCACUGCCAGUGAGAGCACACUUUACUUGUUUCUCCAGCACCUCGAAGCUCAUGGCAAGCCAACGUCGGGCUCCUCUUUCUUGCAGGCUUGGAACUUUGCUGCCGGAACGUUGCGAUUCAAGAGCCCUGCCGCUCUUCGGGCUGUCUCAAGCCGUGUUAAAGGUCUUGCCCUCAAGCUGUUCCAAGGAAAGAGGCCUCUGCAGCAAGCGAUCCCACUCCGAGUCAAACAGGUGAAGGCGUUGGAGUACGUAGUGCUCCACGCUCCAUAUGCGCAUUGGAAGGUAAUCGCGGGGCACUUGCUUUUCUGUCUGGGCGCCAGUUCACGUUUCGGCGACUCAGUGUGGCUUGCCGACCUUCAGGUUACGACUGUCGAUGGCGUUUGCUUGGUUGAAGCCGAAAGUUCCCACUGGAAAACAGCGCCUGCCGCAGCACGCAAAUCACAACUUCUUCCGAUGUGUUCGCUGGGAAGGUUCUUCGCAGAGGCGAAUUGGGCCGAGGCCUGGCUCGAUGCUCGCAAUCGUUUCGGUUUGAGUCUUCGCCCUGCCAUUCCUGCGUGGUCCGAGGGUUGUAACCGAUGGCUUGACAGAGCCAUGAGCACGGGCGAAGCGGGUUGCUACUUGAAGGAGUUUCUCACUGCUGCGGGCCAGGGUUUUGAAGGUGUCGGUACACACAGCCUUAAGUGUACGGUUCUGUCAUGGACAGCCAAAAGCACGGUGGUGAGCCUUGCCGAUCGGCGCCUGUUAGGACAUCAUGUCGAUCCCCAUGCUGUGUCUCCCUUGACGUAUGCAAGAGAUGAACUUACCAGACUUAUGAAGAUCGUCCACGACGUGAUCCUCCUCAUUAGACGAGGUGCCCUGAAACCAGAUGAAUCCAGGGCCUGGCGUCUGGCGCACCUGGUCAAAAUGGACGAUGGCUCGGAGCAUCUCACUGAGCGAGUUUUGGCAGAUGCCCCCAGCGUGCCGGAGUCGGAUGACGAGGAGGCUGACAUGCUCGAAGCAGACCUUCAAGCCUCUUCGGAAGGAGUUGUCGUGGACCGACCUAUGACAGCAGCUGAACUCCAGGCAGGCAGAGAUUGCAAGAUGCACCUCUACUCGAGAGUGGUUCACAUCGGCAAUGGCCCACGUUUCCUCUGUGGUAGGAGUGCUUCAGCCAAUUAUGGCAGGCUUGAUCCGAAUGUUCCGUUGAGUGACUUACCGAUCUGUGCGCAAUGUGCACGGUCUUCGACUGAAGCGUAA